AGAGAGAGAGAGAGAGAGCUGGCUGGCUGGCUGGCUGUACAGGCACAGGAGAAAUGGCUUUGCCGAAGACAAUUACCAUUGUAGCUCUUUCCAUCGCUUUGGGUCUCUUCUUUGUGUUCAUGGGAACCAUCAAACUCACCCCAAGACUGAGCAAAGAUGCGCACAGUGAAAUGAAACGAGCCUAUAAAAGUUAUGCCAAGGCUCUCCCGGCGUUGAAGAAGAUGGGCAUCAGCUCCGUUCUGCUGCGGAAGAUCAUUGGCUCAGUGGAGGUGGCAUGUGGCAUUGUGUUGACCCUGGUUCCAGGGAGGCCGAAGGACCUGGCCAACUUCCUUCUCCUCCUGGUCAUGCUAGCCGUUCUGUUCUUCCACCAGCUAGUGGGGGACCCCCUCAAACGCUACGCCCACGCCUUGGUCUUCGGGAUCCUGCUUACCUGCCGGCUACUGAUCGCCCGACAGACCGAGGAUCGGGCAGAGAGCAGCGAGAGCAGGAACGGACAGGCGGACGCACAGGAAAAGAAUAAAGUGAAGGUGUCCUAAUCUCCAGACCCCCGGCCUGAGCCCUGUCGAGACGAGGCACGGCAGUCGUUAAAAGAGACCCUAAUCAUCAAAGUGAAGCUGCAGCUUUCCUGUCCAGCAGACUGUUGUUAAUUUCUCCAGAUCUGUAGUUCUCCCCUGAACAGUUGAAAUAGCUUAACUCUUUUAUUUUAAGAACAUCUUACCACCUUCCUAUAAAAAAAAAAGAGUUUUAAAGCUGCAGUGUCUCCUUUUCUUUACUGAACUGACUAUAUGCACACAACAAUUUAGAUAGCUUACAUCUUGAGUUUUGGUCUUUAAAUACUGGUGGUAUCCAGGGGAUAUUUUUUGUUCAGCUGUACUGUCAUUUCUAAUCAAUUCUUUUAACCAUAGCAAACACAUGUGAAAAAACAGAAUUUUCUUUAUAGUCUCAAAAAGGAACACUGUGACUUUAAACACAGCCUAGAUACAGAGGUUUCAAAAAGAGACAGUUAAGAACAUGCUUUUGAAGGCCCGCUGCAUGUUCCUGCUUGUGAUCUUCUCCCCUCACUCUCCCCUCUUGGUACUGCAUCCCUGUAAGUCUGCACACUGCGGUAAAAGGAUGCUCCCCUCAAUCUGUUCUAGUUUGUAUGCUAUAUGGGAGUGAAAUUGACAGCUUUGUAUCUAAUAAAUUGCUUUAGUGUCACAGAAAUGCAUUUCCAGCUUUACAGUUCAGUUCCUGCAUUGAUUGAAAAGUGAAAAAAAGCAAUUUGACCGUUGCUGCUGUUGGAAGACUUUAGUGUAAAGCUUUAAAUGCAAUUUUAUGCCAAAGCAACAAAAAUAAUCUUUUUUUUUUUUUUUAAUGUACAUAUUGUUUUAUGAUUGCUGACCUGAAACUGUAAUUUAUCAGCUUUUGGUUUGGUAGAGGAAGUUGCUGGCAAAGAAAAACUGAACAAACAUCCAGACAGGAAGUGUUGGUUCUCUGAUGUACAUGUGAUGCGAUAGCAGACUGAAAUAGGGGGCUUGUAAUUUCAUUGAAAUGAUACCUGAACACAGGUCAAUUCCAAUAAAGUAUCUUAUUUCAGUUUGAACUAUACCAUGUUGUCACUAAAUGCAAUCCAAAUCCUGUGUUUGUUUGUUUGAUGUUUAAUUCAGAAAGUUAUUCUACAUGAAGAACAGUAUUCAAAGUAAUACAGUUUCAUGGGAAAUCUCUGGUCCAGUACAUAAUUCUGAAUUGGUACAGUAUGUGGUUAUUUUGUAACAUUUCCAGUAGGUGCUGUGUCACCUGCAAAAAUAUCAGCUUGAUAAAAACCAAUGUGAUCCCCUUUAUCUUAAGGUCUGUUUUGGUUUUCAUUCAUGUGAUGAUAAUUUACUGGACCCACCACCAUCUAUUCAGGCACUGAAAUACAGUAAAUACCUAAUGCUAAUAAAAGCACAGUGGCAUUAAA